CGUGGCGGAAUUCUUUCCCCUACCUUUCUCUCGACGGUUACAGCAUGGAUCCUCUUUCCAACUUUAUUUCGGUAUUUUAGUGUCAGUUUGACGCUAUAUUGGGAUUGACGGCCUUCACUCGCACUCCGUAACGUACUUGAACGCCAUGUUCACCACCACCGGUUCUCGUGGCCUCUACAAGGCUCCUCUGUCUAAAAGCCUUCUUCUGGUUCUCAAUGGGCUGACUGUGAUGCUCACCCUGCUGCCACAGUACCAAGACCUGUUCGUGUACCACCUGCAGGCUGUCACACAGCAGCACCAGGUGUGGAGGUUGUUGUGUGGCAGGCUGGUCUGUCUUGAUAUCAAGGACUCCUUCUGCAGCAGUCUGCUCAUUUACAACUUUCGAAUCUUUGAAAGGAGGUUUGGCACCAGGAAGUUUGCUUCUUUCCUGUUUGGUACUUGGUGUCUUUCUGCACUGAUGGAUUUCCUGCUGGCCAAGGCUUUCCAGUUUCUGUUUGACUAUGAGGUGGAAGAACUGCCUUCAGGACUGCUUGCACCAGUCUUCUCUCUAUUUGUGCCUUUCUACCUAUCGAUUCCCAGGAUGCCAGUCACACAGGUACUGGGUCGCAUCCACAUCACCAACAAGUCUCUGGUCUACAUAGUAGGCUUACAGCUAUUGACUUCCAGUCCUUUUAUGUGGCUCCUUGCACUCAGUGGGCUGAUCUCAGGUGGACUGUACCACUCCAAUGUCCUGCGGUUACAGAAGAUCUUGUUUGUCCCUGCCUGGGUGUCUCGUAUUGGACAGUAUAUUCUUGAACCAGUCUUUUCAAGCUCCCAACCAACCACUGAGACACCUCUGGGGAUGGGUGCCACGCUUGACAUUCAGAGGCAACAGAGGAUGGAGCUGCUCGACCAACAGCUGCUGCUUGCCCAAUACAACGAGGCCAGGAGGAACACCAGAGAUCAGCCACAGACUGGGUUGUUACAGUGGACCAGGUUAUUCCCCUCACUGAGACACAGAGGACAGAACCGCUUCCCAGUGCAGCCCCACCCUCAGCCUCAAGCACACCAGUCCACACAACCACCAUUACUGGACAACUCCCCUGUAGCAGAGGAACAGGUUGCACGUUUAGUGGAAAUGGGCUUUUCCAGGAUUGACGCCCUCGAGGCACUCAGAGCUUCAAAUAAUGACAUUAAUAUGGCGACCAACUUCCUCUUGCAACACUGAGGGAAGGAGCUCAGUGAGGGGAAAAAGGUGACAGAAAGAGAAAGCAGGAACCAAAGCAGAUAAGCAAAAAGCUGAGGAGAAAGGAAAAUAAUUCAAAGAGAAUAAACAAUGGAAGGGAGAAGACAAAGAAAAUUUGUACAGAUUAUAUGAAGGCAGUGUCACUGCUCCCCUGAAGCAGUGUUGGGCUGCCCCAACAUGAGCCGAGCCCGAUAGCAGGCUGAUGAAUGAAGCGUGAAGCACAGAGUGGAUGUCAUUUGCGUCAUAGCUUUCUGAUGGCUGUUGUAGUGUGAAACAGACGUCAUUGCUCAAGGCAGAUGAGUCAGGCCUCUUACUUAAAGAGGUGCCUGAAAGCAUUACAUAAAAUCAAACAAAUCAGAGCUUUCCUAGGAGUACAUCUUACAAAUACCGGUCUCCAGUCCACUGGUGGAAAUAAAAAGUGGGUUAUUUAUUUCAAACAGUUUAGAUGCUGAGGAACACAAAUCAGCUGACAUCUCACAGACCAACAUAUACAGUAGUUCUGUAAAAUACAGUUUGUAUCCCAAUGUUAUGUCCUGUGUAUCCAGAGUUCUAGAUGUUAACUGGUUAUAGAGGUGUCGAGGGGAAAAAAGUGCAAGAUUUUUUUGUGCACGAAAUGAUCAGCAGACACGAUGUCACUUAUUUUAAUUUCAUACUGGCAAAAGUAAAAGAACCUGGUAAGGACUCUGGACAGGUUUUGCAGCAACUUCCUGGAGGUCGCAAAGGUUCAAAUAAAAAAAACAAACAAACGACUACAUGAACAAUAUAACCUACUUAACAUUGAUUUAACUACACAGGUUUUUGUUCAUUUUGGCAGUGUUUCAUGGAAGUAACAGGGUGCAACCUUUUCCUGCUUGGCAAAGCAGUUAGCCUGACUGAGAGAUACUUAAGGAGCCAAACUCUUGUGGAGCUCACUGUUUUGGCCCAUUUUAACUCUACAUGUACUGUACAUUGUUGUGGACAGUUAGGCAGACAAGAUGCUGGCUACAUGGGCUAUCUCAGGGUACCUGAGGUGAUUUUUUUCUGUUAAUGACAUAAACCCAUUCACACUAGUGCAUCUACAGAGAUGCACAGAAAGCCUUCAAGGAGGACAUGUUUCAUGCCCUUGACCAUUUUUGUUUCUGUAUUUCAUGCUCUUAUAUGCACAAAUGCAUCAAAAGUUUAUUUAUUCUGUCUUAACUUUUUUCACUGCCAGCACAUCUGUCUAAUUCUAAGUAAGUCUUAGAAGUUGGUUGAUAUUUAUUAUGCAAUAUCAUAAUGAGAUGUUUAUGGCGGCUAUGUGUUUGCAUAGUCACUACUUUGUGUAUAUAAACAUACCUGCAAGAGAAGUAAUACAGUAAUACUGCAGAAGCUGUGUAUUGAUGUCAAAGAUGGAUGCUAGUUUUAUAUUUUGUGUAUAAUAUUGAUAAUAUAUGACCACUGAAAAGAAUAAUUUGUGUGUAUGUAUUUUUUUCAGAGUGAUUAAAAAAUAUAUGGGUGUGAUGACAGAAUUGUUGCAUGGUCAACUUUUUGAUGAACUAUAAUGAAUCAUAUUUGAUCGGUGGAAUAAAUCAACG